AUGUCGACCGGAAACACGGUGGGCAUUACCCAUGUCGAGCAUCCUAUGUAUAGCAGCAACCGCGACUCCGCCGCGGCAGGGCCGCUUUGGCGCUACACAGCGCGCUUCCUGCUGCGCAAGUACAAGAACUCCGUGUGCCGUGUGCAGCUCAUCGUCACGUCCUUCAACUUCAGUGACAUCCGUGUGACGUGGCUGCUCUACCCUCUGCAGGGCCUCAACGUGUUCUUCACGCGCCGCAACUACGGCACGAUAGCCGCCGAGAACUACGCGUGGUACGCUCUCUACUUCGCGAUUGCCGCGCUGCUCUACUUCGUGUUCGUGUGGCCGGCCGUCUUGUUCCUCUGCAGCCUGGUGUUCGGCCCCGGCGUCGUGCUGUUCGGCCUGGUCCACGCGGCGCUGCAUGUGAACCUCUGGACCAUGCAGUGGCUGCGCGGCAGCUGCCGCUCCACGCAUCGCCGCCUCGCGGUCCGCAUGAGCCGUGUCGAGAACUUCCCGCCGCUGAUGUACCCGAUCUCCAGCGAUCAGUACGUGGACACUCUGCACCCGUCCAACGUGCGCCACCUGGGUUUCUGGGUCAACGACUUGCCGUGGAUGGUCGCGAAGAGCCUCCUCCUGGUCGUCUGGGCCCUGUUCAAGUGCCUACUAUCCCUAGUCCCCAUCGUGGGCCUGUUCGCCGUAGCCGCCCUGGAAGCCCCUUCCACCGGCUGGGAGUACUGUGAUGCGCUGCGGCCAGGCAUUGGUUUCUAUGAGGACUACGCGCGCUACCUGCUGCUGGGUCUGGGCUGUACUGCGCUGGACAUGAUCCCGGUUCUUUCCGGCCUGACCUUCACCACCAAUACGAUUGCCUGUGGGAUCAUGAUGAAGGACGAGUAUUAG